AUGGCCAUGCUCUUGGGCAAAUGGGUUACAGACUCGAGCAUCAACCUCCACAAGGCCAAAAAUGCCGCCAUCAACAAAUGGAGAGCCUAUGGGGAAGUGCAGACCACCAAAGAAGCAGAGAAUCUAUUUGUCUACACCUUCCAGUCCCAGCAACAACGGGAUGCUGUAUGGGAUGCCAGGCCAUGGAAUCUCAGCAACACCUUGGUAGCACUGAAGAAAUGGGAUGGAGAACAGAAGGCUGAAGCAGAAAACAUCGAGACAAUAACCUUGUGGGUGCAAAUACAUGACCUUCCUCAGUCACUUAAAGAUGAAGAAGCUAUCAAAGCACUGGCAGAAUAUAUCUUCCCUCAGUUCCAUUGCAUCGACCAGUCAAAUUUCGACUGCAGAGGGUGGCUGAAAUUCAUCAGAGCAAAGGUGGAAGUACAGCUGGAUCAACCCAUACCGAUCGGCUUUGAAUACCCGUUGGGUGAGAAAUCCAUAUGGGUGAGUUUCAAAUAUGAGAGAAUCAUGGACUUGUGCUUUUUCUGCGGGAGACUAGGUCACCUGAUCCAUAAUUGCCUGGAGAGGGAGGACCACCAGAGAAGAGGGCUAAGUAUCGACCCGUCGGAGGUAUAUACAGCAGCGCUGAAAGCCGGCCAUGACUCCCCGGCGAAUACACCACCGGCAUCCUUCAGGGAGAAGAUGACAAGAAAUCAAAGGCCCACCCUGACCGGACAUCCCACAGGUCUCAUACGCGGACCCCGAGGAGAAACUACGCUCCUGCAAUAUGCAGGUCAGGCAGGACAUAGCUCCUCGUCGAGCCCACCUGGGUUCACGGCUAUUACUCUGCCACUGCCAGAAAUUGGUACGGAGUGGGUCCAAAGGGGGAAAGUCAACUUACCUGCUACCAACUUUCAGCCGACAAUUCUGGAAAGGGAGAUGGAAGCAACAACAAAGGCAAUGCAAAGAUCCCUCGACCUAGGGGAAGGAGGACGAAGCAGAGAGAAAGCAGCGGGCCUGUUUGAAAUGGGCCGCUCCCUAUCCCUAGCAAGCCCAUUUUAUUACCAUGACAAUAGCAGCAGCCCCACAACAGCAAAGUCAACAGCAGGCCCUGUAUCUACCCCAACUGAACAGGCCCCCAACCAAAACACCGGGAAGGAAGUGGCAACAGAAGAAGAAGAACCCAGAACCAGGCCCGAAAAAAAGAGGAAACCAGAUCGAGUCAGCCCAAGCUGCCCCAACCCACAAACGGAGGCUUCGACUAACUUUUCUUUUGACUCUUUGGCUUUUGUUCCAGGGGAAAACAGGAUAACUUACCAGAGGCGAAAGUAUUUUACGAAAAGAAGGAGUUUGACAGAGUUGACAGCGGAAGGGAAUCAGUCCGGGGAGGGCGAGUCCAACUCUCUGAGGGCAGCGGCGGCAAGCCUUGAGCCGCCAAACCAAGGAUGA